UUAUAUUUGACAGAGAGCAAAUAGACAGAAAUCACAAUAUCAUUUCCUUCUUUUGUUGAGUUCAACUUGAAAUCAGCGGAGAUAUGAGAUCUUUCCAGCUUCGCAUCCCUUCGAGUGAUAUCUUAUGCAUAUGGGAAGGGACAAAGAAAAUGUAUUAUGGAAGUCUCUGCAAAAUACGGCCAAGAUCUACAUACCGUCGUACAUUAUGGAUCAGAGUUCAAAAUCCUAUCAUUUGUUGUACAUCGCAUGCAAAAGAUAAGUUUUUAGUACUCUCAGUAACCUAGGCAUUGAAGAAUUUAGUUUUCACAAUAAUAAAGAUCUCAAAAUUAUAUUUAAAAGUUCUAAAUAAGGGAUCUCAAUUUCUUGAGAUUCAUAUCGAAAUUUGCAUGUGUGGUAAUAUUUUGUAUACUUUAUUUUUUUAUCUUAAUUAUGAAUGCCAUUAUACCGCAUAACUGAAAAUUGAUGAUCUUUGGGUGAUGAAACAAUCUAUAAUCUUAUAUUACAUUUUCAAUACUUGUUUUGUUCUUAAGGUUGAGCCAACUAAAUCUGAAAUAACCUUGUAUUUUUUUAAAUGAUAUAAAGAACCAUCAUGUUUUGUAAUGUAAAGAUGAACUAUUUUAGGUUGUAUGGAAGAAGAAGAGGAUACACAGGAGCGAAAAAAUUAGAAACGCGGAGCAAUUUCUUCACCAAACAAAACGAACUUUAAUUAAAUAUGUUGUGAUCCUCUUCCUUUCCCUUCCACCUUGCAUUUUUUCCUGGUAAGGGCGUACGUUACUAAUUGAAGGCAACAAGUAACAAUUUUCGUAUGGAGUUUGAUGUGCUAUCUAGUGAUGAAGCUAUGAGACAAAUUAGCUAUUACAACCCAAGUCAAGUAAUCUCAAAGAAAAUUGACCCAAGAAAGCUGAGAUUCCUCUUCCAAAAAGAACUCAAGAACAGUGACGUCAGCUCCCUCCGCCGUAUGAUACUCCCCAAGAAAGCUGCUGAGGCUCACUUGCCGGCGCUUGAAUGUAAGGAAGGGAUUCCUAUAAGAAUGGAAGAUUUGGACGGUCUUCACGUUUGGACCUUCAAGUACAGGUACUGGCCAAACAACAAUAGCAGAAUGUACGUGCUAGAAAACACAGGCGACUUUGUGAACGCUCAUGGUUUGCAGCUAGGUGACUUCAUCAUGGUUUACCUAGAUCUCGACUCAAACAAUUACGUUAUACAAGCAAGAAAGGCAUCAGAAGAAGAAGAGGAAGAAGAAGACGUAACCAUCAUUGAAGAAGACGAUGUUUACACAAACUUAACAAAGAUUGAGAACACUGUUGUUAACGAUCUUCUCAUCCAAGAUUUCAAUCAUCACAACGACAACAGCAGCAACAACAACAGCAACAACAACAUCAACAACAACAAGUGUUCUUACUAUUAUCCCGUCAUCGAUGAUAUCACUACAAACACAGCCUCUUUUGUCUACGACACGACUACUUUAACGUCCAACGAUAGUCCUCUUGAUUUCUUAGGUGGACAUACGACGACGACUACUAAUACUUAUUACUCCAAGUUCGGAUCAUUCGAGGGUUUGGGCUCCGUUGAGAAUAUAUCUCUCGAUGACUUCUACUAGAAGGGAUCAAUCGAUGGAGCUCAUGAUGAUUAUUGGUGGUGAAGAUCGAUCAAAUAUUUUUAUUUGCUUAUAUGUAUAAGAAUUAAGAUGCAUUUUCGCAUAUCUUCAAAUAGUGUUUAAAUAUUACAUUAUAGUUUAUAUGAAGAUCAUAUAGCUAGAAGGAGAGGCAUUAAGGUUGUAUGUUAUGUUUGGUGAAUAAAUGUUAUUAUUAUGUA